AUGUACUUUGACAGAAUUCAUUGCAAUUCAUGGAAAUUCAGUGAUGCCGAAGAAACAUAUAGAAUCACUUACGGUGAUCAAGCUAUUGAAUUAAUGAUACAAGAUUUAAACACCUUAGUUGAUGAUCCCAACCGUCUUGCGUCAGCGAAAGCCAAAGCCAAAAUAUUCUUGAAACGGUUUACAACUACAAUUAAACAGGUUGACAACUCAACAAGCUCAAGCAACCCAGAACAGCAACCUAUCAAAUUCAUAAACUACCACAACGCGGACAAUAUGCAAGUGCAACAUUUUACUGGAGGAAAUCCUAUAGUGAAGAUAAACAAUGCAUCUACUAAGAGAAAAAAGAUAUUUGAUGAAGAUAGCGACGAAGACUAUAAAGACGAAACAACGCAAAUGUUUAAUAAUAUACAAAACAAAAACGACAAAGAAAUUGCACCUGUAAUAUUUUUAAGAGGCACGACUAUUUGUAUAAAAAGACCACAGCAGCCAUAUAUUAUCCAAGAUCAUGACAUUUCAUUAAAUUUGACUGAAAAAUUCCAGCAAUUUCAACAGUAUUCCAUUGAUCUCUGUAACAAAAACGGUCUCUUACUUGAAACGCACCCUUUCAACAUCCUGGCACUUUCAUCUAUUUUAUUACUAAAGAAGAAUAACUACCCUUCUGACCUUUUGGACUACUUCUCUUUGGCUGAAUUAGACCUCACUCAGGAUGCUGUUUUAAAAAAGCUAAUCAAAGAUGAUUACGAAGAUAUAAUGUUCAAUGAGGAUAUCAAAUCCAAAGUAUACAACAUAAUUAAGGCAUACAUGAAGAGAGAUGGCAACAAGAUCAAGUGUAUUCAAGAUCUUACAAGUUUGCUUAAUACAAAUCAAGAAAAGAACGUUGAAAUUGAAAUUGAGAACAAUAUCUUGCUCGCUUUGAUAAACUAUGUCGAAACGUUACCUAAUGCCAAGCCUACCAACAAGACUGGGGAAAUUGAAUUAUGUGUGGCCAAUCUUAAUGCCCUUGUUUCCAAUCUUUUUCAUUUACAUUUUUCGUGUUUGAGAUGGGCUAAUCAAGUUACUGAAGAAUCAAAAGCUACCAAUGAAGACGUCAACCAAAGAAAACGACCUGACGCAAUUAUCUCUGAUCUUAUACAAAACCAUUAUACCGGUUCAAAGGGUUUUGGUGAAGUCAAAGUAGAGGAGGCAAAAAAAGAUACCUAUAUUAUAACGAAAGAUCUAGUACGACUUGCCAUAUUUUCGAAACAGGCAAUUGACUUUGAUAAUAUGACUGGAAACAUCAAUUUCCAAGCUGUUGGUACACUUAUUAAAUUUUACGCUGAAUCGCUUAUCGCAGACGGAAUUUAUUGUAUGGUUGAAUUCGCAGAAAUCAGAGCACCUUCAUCAAAGAGUGAUCUCUUGAAGUUUGUUGAUCAAUUUGAUACCUUGCAACUUAUCUCUUGUGCUUUUGAAACAUGUCAAGCGUUAAACGACAAGAUCCCUUCAUUUUAUAAAAGACAAACUCUUGACUCCCCUGCUUUCAAGCGAUAUGUUAAUGAUAAAUAUUCAAGUUCUAAUCUCAAACAUGUUAAAAGCAGUGCUGGCCUUUAG